CCUGUAUUUUCUUUGCCACCAAUCCAAAUCAAAUCCCAAAUUAAUUAAUCUUUUCACUUUCUCUCUCCUACCCUUUCUCUCUCUCUCUCUCACACUCUUUCUUCUCUGUCUUAGUGUACAUCCACACUCCGGCAAUUCUCCUUACUCACCCAGACACAAUGGAUCAUCCAAGGCACCGGCUUCUGUUUGUGCUAUCGCUCUGCCUCCAGGCCGUCGCUGCAAAUAUCGUCUGCAUCUCACCGACAUCCCUCCCUGCGGGUCUCCAGCCAGGCACUCCCCUCACCCUUGCGUAUUCUGCUGAUCUCACAGACAUGCUCUCCGCCAUCACUGCGAACCUCGUCUGCUCCUCCACCGGAAACAAAGCUCUGGUCUUGGGGUCGAAGUAUGGCUUCAGAGAUUCACCCACCGUUACCAUCACCGAUCCCCAGGCGCAUAACGCACUGGCAUCUUGUCCCACCAAUAACUUUUACGUCGAAUAUGAAAGCUCUAUCCUAGGAAAAACUCAGGUCGCUAAAUGCAAUGGAGGGUUUUCGAUCCAGUUAGUGUCCGCAACGCCCUCUGGGCCCAUUGUACCUUCUACCUCAUCCUCCCAGAUCCCUACAACUUCGCCUUCACAAAUCACUACUUCUCCUGCAACAACAACAACAACAACAGUCAGCGUCCCUGGCACCCCAGCAGCUACCUCAACACGUUCGUCUAAACCGUCGCCUUCGAUUCACCCACCUAAAACCACUGCCCCUGCUUCUGGUGGUGGAGGCAGCGGACCCGGAAACGGGGGCGAUCUACCUGGCUCUCAAACCUCAUCGUCUGCUACCGGAACACUUGAUCCCGCUCCCACACAAGAGACCUCUUCCUCAGACCUCGAAAAAUCCAGCACCUCCGGACCAUCUACUGUUGUGAUUGCGGGCGCAAGUAUCGGUGUUGUCGCAGGCAUCUUUGUGAUCCUGGCCGCGCUGUUGGCUUGGCGAAAGCGAGCGCAGAGAAAGGAGGCCGUGAGUUUUGAUCAGUUCUAUAACGACAGCCUUGCGGCCGCGAGUGGGUUCGAUGCGAAGCCGAUUUAUGCGAGAUCAGGAUCUGAUGAGGGCCAGGGUAAUGUUAUUGCAGCAGCGAGUCCUGUAGCACGUCAGAUGGCCUAUGGAGGUGCUGUCAGUAGAGGAAAUGGUAUGGUUGUUGUACCAAUGUCCUGAAUAUCAAUCUCAAGGUCAAUUCAUUCUUUGAAUCGCCAAAGUAUCAUUGUAAAUAAAAAUAAGAGCAU